AUGGAUCCUACCAAGAUAGAGGUAGUAAGUCAGUGGAAACCUCCGAAAAAUGCUCUGGAUGUGAGAAGUUUUCUUGGAUUAGCAGGGUAUUAUAGGCGGUUCGUAGAAGGGUUCUCGAAUAUAGCUACGCCAAUGACCGUUCUUACCCGUAAAAAUGCUAAGUUUGUAUGGACCAAACAGUGUGAGAGGAGUUUCCAAGAACUAAAGAUGAAGUUGCCCACUGCCCAAGUGCUGACUAUCCCUAAUGGGACAGAGGAAUACGCGAUCUACAGCGAUGCCUCAGGACAAGGACUAGGGGCGGUACUGAUGCAACAUGGAAAGGUGAUAGCUUAUGCCUCCCGAUAG